CCAGCGCUCCAGCUUGUGUUCCAAGUGCUCGGCUUGUCUGAGAGGUUCCUGCCCACGAGGCCUGGAGGUGCUCUCAGUGUAGCUCCCAUGGUGUGGCUCAUGUGGGGCCAGACGCAGCUGAGCUGAGCUGUGGAGCUCCGAAAAGGGGGGGUUCCGGAAAGGAGGGUUUUUCAGGGCUUCCUGCGAGCCAGGUAGGGGGAAUCUAGACUUCCUGGUGAACUUAGAUCUGUAGCUCUGGCCAAGGGGCUGAGAGGACAGAAGUGAGAAGGAUUCAUGGGAGUGAUGGGUGGUUGUUGGGUUGCUGGUUGGAGGGAGGUGGGGAGCCUGAGAAAGGCCAGGAUGUGGAUGGGCUGGUGUGACAUGGAGUCUGAAAUGGUCAGAGUGAUCCAGCUUGGCGUCUCCAGUGACUAGGAGAGCUGUCCCUUUGAAUUUGGUGUGGCUGUGAAGGAAGAAGCAGGAGACCUGUUCACGUAGAAGAGCAAAGGUGGACAGCGAAAUCCUGACCAUUGGCUGGGAUGGAAGAAUUCAUGUGUGAGAGACUCUUUCGUUGGUUCAUGCCCUGUGUGCCCCUGGGAGGGUGGGCUUGAGGAAGGUUAAAGACCCCAGGCUGAUACCAUCUGGAGAGCGGGGGGCCUGGGAGUUAGCAAGAAGGUUCCUGGCCACUGUGAACUCCAGCUCAGGAAGAGGUGCAGUGUGCAGGAACCUUAAGGACUGGGUUCAGACUGCUGUCAUGUGUGUGUGCCUUCUCUUGGUAGCCAGAGCCUGGCCUGCUCUAGAUUCCCUGGUUAAAUGAAACUGAAAGUGAAAUAGAAGGGAGAGGACAGUGCUUUCCUAGAAGGAUUUCACUAUAUAUCCUGCCCUUCCCAGAACCAGCUCUGGCAGUGGAGAGAACUUUACUUCCCUUUGUGACUAGGUAAGUCCCUGGUUCUCUUUGGGCCUCAGUUUCCAUGCCUGUAAUGAAGGGGUUAGAUUGGACUAGUAACCAGUAUAAUGUUGAUGGUAAUAAGAGCGAGGGUGGGGAUCCCCUGGCUUUGUUUCUAGGGGCUGGAAGAGCUCUAGCCUAUGCCCGAUGCCAGUCCUCCAGGAGUUGUCAGUUGGGACAGGUGGACAGGACAGUAAAUAGCAGUGCCUGGCAGCCCACUGAAAAAUCAGAGGUAGGGAGGGGCUGUGGAGUCCACAGGAAGAAGGCCACACGUAUGCCUGGGAUCUAAGCAAGCCACUCAGAAGACGUGGGAGAAGCAGUUUUUCACCAUCUCCUCCCCCGCCUCCCCCAGAGAGGAGGAAGUUGUCACAGAUAUAUAGAUCCAGGCGCGCCAGCUCCUGACACACGCAUCACGACCAUGAGACAGAACUGGAUUCCAGACCCCAGCCCUCUUUGGGCCCUGCUCCUCUGUGCCCACAUCGUCUCCCACCUGGCCAGAGCCACACCUGUGCCUCAGGCCACUACAGCUGCCACUGCUUCAGCUGGGAUCGCAAAGGACACCUGCCCCUCCCGGCCCCCAGCGCUCCCGACAGCUAAGCAGUGCCCUGCAUUGGAGGUGACCUGGCCGGAAAUGGAAGUCUUACUGAAUGGAACGCUGACCUUGUCCUGUACCGCCUGCAGCCGCUUCCCCCACUUCAGCAUCCUUUACUGGCUGGGCAACAGCUCCUUCAUCGAGCACCUCCCCGGCCGGCUGCGGGAGGGCAGCACCAGGCGGGAGCACAGGGGCACGAGGACCCAGCUAUGGAGGGCCUUGGUGCUGGAGGAGCUGAGCCCCGCCCUGCGAGACACCAACUUCUCCUGUGUUUUCUCGGAUCCUGGGCAGACUGCCCAGCGUCACCUUGUCCUGGCCCAGCUCUGGGCUGGGCUGAAGACAAGCGUACCACCGACACAAGAAGCCCCAUCCUCCAGCAAGUCCCCUCAGCCUCACCAUCCUGAUAAUGAACCCCAAGCUCCAAAGCCUGGUUGAAAUGCCACCUCUUCAUUGAGGUCUACACGCUCUCAGCCCAGGCCACGUUCUGUAUCGACUUACUUAAUGUUGUAUUUGUUUCCUUUAAUGGACUGUCCCUGGGAAGGUAUGUGGGGAGAGGCUGCUUCUGACCCAUGGCUGUAUCUCUUGUCACCCCAGCAAGACCUACGACGGGUGCUCAUAAAUGAUCUUCAGUGGUGGCGUACUGAUGUCUGUCCAGUCAUUUAUCCUGUAGGCCAUCAUUCUACUCACAGAAUGUGGCCUGUCAGAGGAGGGAGUGUGGGAAGAGGAGAGAGAAUGCCACUCAGAAGCUAAAGACAAAACCAGAUUCAGGGGACACAGGCCCUCAGAAGAGAAGAGGCCGGCCCAUAAUGCUCCUCAGGAGCAGAGGCCAGAAAUGGAGUGUGGGAAGAUCCUGUGGCCUGAGAAAGGCCUGGAGAAGGGAUUUGAGAGAAGGUAUGUGGGUCUGGA